AUGUCUUGGUACCCCAGCCACGAACCUUUGAUACCCCUUCCAAGCAACGCCACUCAGCCGGUCGAUAGCAAUAGUCAAGCAUCUUCAAGCCAGUCGACCUCAUUACUUGAUCUGAUUUCAUCUAGCCCUCUCGAAUCGAAAGAGAAUCCCUUAUUCCCUGAACGCAAGCCAGCUCCAUCGUUGUCUAACACACAAAUACCACAACCUCCUUCACGCCUAAGCGAUGAGCCACCAUUGUCCCCCGGAUUUGGCGAUUUUGUUUCCGUUCCACCCUCGGCUGAUCCACUCGGAGAUUUCAUAGACUUUGGGACCCCAUUAGCAGAACGACCUUUGGGUACACAAUUUCUGGAGGGUGCCAAGGCUCGGUCUGCGGAGAAAGAGCGCCAGGUAAUGGACGAAUUUAGGCAGGCCGAGUCCAGAAGUAAAGACCCCCUUGGUUUAUUACAAGACCGAAGGAUUGAUCUAUUAACUUCGGAGACCGAGACCGAGACUCAAGCAAAAGAUCCAAGAGCGUCAUCCGAACUAAAGCGCAUCGAGUCUGCGCCAUCUUUAUCGGCCUUCGAACAACCCAGUACUGUGCCAGUGCCGCAUGCGGACCCACUCGCCACCCCCGCCUCAGCUAGUACUUCUCCGAUCCUCGGACUCUCUGGUCGCCUCGCUCUUCCUCGAAGCUGGACCUCCAUACUAGGUCAUACCAUACUCGGAACUGAGCAUACACCCCCUCCUCAUUCUCCAGAAUCCUCUCCCCACGCAAAACCCGUUCGCGAAUCCAGCAUUACUCAUGAUAACCCGUUUUCUCAUGUAGCUGUCCCGCCGAGUGGUGCUCCUGGAUACACAGGCGAAAAGUGGGAUAAGGGCUUUGGGGAUGAUGUAGCUUCGAAAGGCUCUGGCUCUGGCCUGAAGCUUCUUGGGAGAACUGAGAUGACAACACCAAUUCUUUCGGUGGAAACAGCUGAAAAGCUACGCCCAUAUCUCCCCGCGCUCCGGCGGUUGUCACCGAAAUGGUCAUUACUAUAUUCUCUAGAUCAACAUGGCAUUUCACUAGCUACUUUCUACACCCGAUGUGAACAACCCACUACAGGCGGGUGUUUGGUUGCUAUUCGUGAUUCAGAGGGUGCCACAUUUGGGGUUUGGUGUGGAGAUGGUAUUCGAAAACAAGAUGGGUACGCCGGAACCGGAGAAUCAAACGGUAAAUUUGGGUUGUACCUCGAUUCUGCGUUGCUCGACGGAGAGUCUGCAUCGUGUCCUACGUUCGACAACGAGCCAUUGUGUUCGGGUGGUAAUGCUUCAUCAGCAGGCACGGUCAAACUUGUAACGCUUUCCACGCGUACGGCAAUUCACAUCUUCUUGGAUCAAGCUUCAUCAGUCGCCAAGUCCUUUGCUGUAACGGCGUGUUUACCACAUAACCCGCGCCGGACUGCGCUCCUCCUCUGCGCAACCACACCCGACACCAUGCUCGAGUCAUUUUACGCGUCACAGCUGGUCGUGAUGACCGGCUAUGCGUUCUUUGCAAUGUUACUCGAGAAUUAUAUUGCAAAGAGACAUAUUCCAAAAGUUGAAGAAAACGAUCCUAUAGCUGGGAGACGUCCCACCGUUGCCGGUGAACAAGCAGCGCGGGCGCUGUCAUACAAAUAUCUUGUGGUUUAUGGAGUCGUAAUGGCUGCGGAUUGGCUGCAAGGUCCUUAUGUCUAUUCAUUGUAUAAAGACCAAUAUGGCUACUCGGAGCGAAUGGUUGCUAUCCUCUUUGUUACUGGCUUUCUAUCAGCUGGGCUGGCUGCUCCCACUGUAGGUGUUUGGGCGGACAACUAUGGCCGUAAACGUAUUUGCAUGGGAUUCUGCGUAUCUUAUGCGAUAAGUUGCUUUUGCACUUUCGUCAAUUGGCUCCCGGUCAAUCUUGCCGGACGGGUAUUUGGUGGUAUCUCAACUUCGAUACUCUUCUCGUGCUUUGAUUCGUGGCUGGUAUCCGCCGCGCAAACGGCCAACGUGUCAUCACAAGAUUUGAGCUCGAUUUUCAGUUCGGCAACCUUGAUAAAUGGAAUGGUCGCUGCCGGAAUGGGAGUUUUCAGCAACGGGCUCGUUGCCAAGACUCAAACGUUUGCGAGCCCCUUUGCCGCUAGCGCCCUGUGUUUGGGUAUCGCAUGGUUCUUGAUUGCUUCUAUGUGGUCCGAAAACCAUGGUAGCCGCACGGAAAGUGCAUCAGCGGACUUGCUACAGAUUGGGCGUCUGAAGGAAGCUUGGAGUAUUGUCAGGCAAGACUCGUCGAUGGUUGUCCUCGGCCUAGUUCAGACAUGCUUUGAGGGGAGCAUGUAUUUGUUCGUAUUCCUUUGGGUGCCGUCCAUGCAAGAGGCGGCUGGGUCCUCAGAUUUACCCCUUGGAAUUAUAUUCUCGGCAUACAUGGUAUCCAUGAUGCUUGGAUCUCUUCUUUACAAGUGUCUUGUUGCUUAUGGAAGUGGCGGAGAGUCGACUUUGGUGUUGCACGCCAAACUCAGUUCUCUGACUUUGCUGACAGCUGCCUUUGCUUUGGCGGUAAGCAACCUCGCAAGUGAUUCCCAUUGGCGCUUCUGGGCGUUCUGCCUAUUUGAGGCUUGCGUUGGCAUGUAUUAUCCUAUUCAAGGCAUGCUGCGUGGAACCAUGAUUCAAAAUGACCACAGAGCCACUCUUUCGGCACUUUUCCGUGUGCCUCUCAAUAUUUUCGUUGUGGUAUCACUCAUGUCGGGUGUCUCUUCUGCACGCCAUCUCGUUUUUUCUGCGUCCACUGUCUCGCUUGCUUUUGGGAGCGUGAUGACAACCUUUGUGAUUGUAAAAAAGGCGAUAGCCAUGGAGCAUACAGAUACAACGCGCCUCGCAUAG